AGUCCCCCUCUGUACGACAACACUCUAAGCUCGUGAAUCUCGCCAUAUACAUCUACUAUACUUGCUUGCUGUGAACUAUGUCCGUGACAACGCCGACGCUCCUUCCGCGUCCUCUCAUCUUCCCGACAUUGCUCCCGCGCCCACCACAACCUCACCCCAUCCCUCUGCCGCGUGGGGGUCGGUACACGGGUCGGAUGAAUCUCAUGCGUGACCUGGUGCAGGAGAUGGAUGAUCUGAGUGAUGAGGAGGGGGAGUUGGAGGAUAUCAGGGCUGAGAUCAAUAAUAGAGGGUAUACGUUCCUCGUGCCUAUUGGUAAAACGACGACGCAGCACGAGGAGAAGAACGAUGCCGACGAAGGCUCAGACGGUGAACUGGGAUCCCGCGACGGUGGUCAUUCCUCACCCGCACCCUCCGAAGAAGAAGACGAAGGUUCCUCCUCCGACCACGACGAGGACGACGAUGACGAAGACGACGAAGAGGGCAGGGACCUCGAUGCCGAUAUGGAAGAUCUGGACCAGAGCGUCGCUGCCAGUGAGUCAAGGGAUCUCGACCAGAGCAUCGAUCCGGACCAGAGUAUGGACCCAGAUCUGAGCGCGUCGAGCAGUAGGUAUGCGGAGGGAGGAGAUAUGGAUCACGAUCAGGAUUUUUUGGAGGGGAUGGGGAGUGUGGAGGUUAGUGGGGAGGCUGGGGAGGAGGAUGUUGAGUUUGAGGAGAGUAGUUUGAUGGAGGGGAGUAGUGGGUUUAGGGAUGAGAGUAGGGACGAAUUGGAGGGAGAUGAGCCAUCGUUUGAGUAGGUCAUUUCAUGGUCUUGCCUACGGUUUGUGGAGGAAUUGUGUACGAUGGUCAAAGUUCAAUGUACGUAUAGCAUACGGCGACAUGCAGGCCAUUAAC